AUGUUCCCGACCCUCACAAUCUCUGCCAGCGAGUUUCACACCAACGACGGCAGGGUGCUCAACCUGCUAAAGGCGCAGGGCACAGUGCCCGUCCACUUCCAGGGCGUCAAGUACAACAUCCCCGUCAUCGUCUGGCUGCCCGAGCGCUACCCUGUUCACGCGCCCCUCGUUUACGUCACGCCCACCCCCAAUAUGGUCAUCAAGCACAACCACUCGUGCGUGGACGCCUCAGGCCAGGUGCGGACGCCUUACGUCAGCAGCUGGCUGUACCCCUCUUCUGAUCUCUCCAGCAUGACGCAGGAGAUGUGCAUGGUGUUUGGCGCGGAGCCGCCCCUGUAUAGCAAGCCCGCCGGCUACAGCCCGCCGCCGCCGCCGCCAGGGCAGGCGCACAUGCAGCACAACCUGCAGGCGGCGGCGGGCGUGGGUCCGGCGCAGCAGCAACAGCAGCAACAGCAGCAGCAGCAGCAGCAGCAACAGGCGUCGUACCCGCCCGUGGCGGGAUUGAGUGGGGCGCAGCGGCCGGCGUCGCAGCAGCAGUACCCGGCGGCCGACGCUGCUGCUGGCGCGGCGCUGUGGGGCGGCGCAUACGCAGCGGCCAUGGCGGGGGGCCGGCCGGGCGCCGGCCCCAACGCAGGCAGUAGCGGCGGAGGCAGCGGCGGCGGCGUGGGGUUUGGGCCGCUGUCCAGCAACCCGUACCCGCUCCCUGGCAGCGGCGCCGGCGCCGGCAGCGGCGGCGGCGCGGGCUCGCCGACGCGGCCGGCGCGCGGGGUGCAGGCUGAGCUAGAGGAUGCGUUUGCGUCGCUGGCGGUGCGGGCGCUGCAGGGGCGGCUGCAGGCGGGGCUGGAGGCGUUCAACCGGGAGGCGGCGCGCGAGAUGGACUCCCUGCUGGAGGUGCAGCGGCAGCUGAUGGCGCGGGAGCAGGAGCUGCAGCGUGCGGUGGGCUCGGUGCAGCAGGAGCGCGCCGGCACAGAGGGCGUCGUCGCAGAGCUGGGCGCCAAGUGCCGCGCCCUCGAAAAGUGGCUGGAGGGCAACGAAUGGAAGGCCGCCGCGCUCGGCGCGUCGAGCGGCGGCGGCGCCGCGGCCGGGGACGCGGGCGCGGGCUCGGGCGCGGACGCGGCGGCGGCGCUGCUGUCGAAGCUGGACGUGAACAAAAUGGUGGUGCCCGAGGACGACCUCAGCCGGCAGGCGCUGACCGCGCAGGCGGAGGACCUGGCGGUUGAGGACGCGCUGACUGUGCUGGACCGCGCGCUGCAGGGCGGCAAGGUGGCGGUGGACGCCUACAUAAAGCAGUCCCGCACGCUGUGCCGCACCCAGUUCUUUGUGCGCGCCCGGGGGCUGAAGAUCGCGCAGCUGCAGCAGCAGGCCGCCGCCCGCGCGCCGCCACCGAAUGGGGGCGCGAGGGGCGGCGGCGCCCCGCCGGCGGGGCCGGGCUACCCCAUGGUGCAGGGCGACGGCUGGUCGCACACCGCGCCCGGGGGCGCCUCGUUCCACCAGCGCGGCGGCGCGCGGUGA